AUGGACCAAUCAGGUACAACGCAGGCAUAUGUUUCGGGCAUGAAGGAAGCCCUCUCGCUCUAUGGUAACGAGCUGGUCGAGUUCACAACAUACUUUUCAAUCGGAUACGCCAUAUUCCUUGUUCCAGCCCAGAUGGCGCAGACUCGCGUCCGACCGUCUCUCUUCCUGCCUCUCUGUGAGAUUAUCUGGGGCGCCUUGACACUGGUCACCUAUCGAGCCAAGAACGCGCAGACAGUCUUCGCAUUAAGAUUCUUUCUGGGUGUGUUUGAGUCAAGUUCCUGGCCAGGAAUCGUCAGCUUGAUCUUCAAUUGGUACACACCCAAGGAGCUCGGGAAACGAGUGGCCAUCUUUGGUGUCAGUGGCGUCGCUGGGAAUAUGUUCCUAGGCAUUCUCCAGGCGGCACUGUAUAAGAACCUUAAUGGCGUAAACGGCCUUGAGGGCUGGCAAUGGCUGUUCAUCGUCUCUGGUAUCAUCACCAUGACCUGGGGCUUUGUGGGCCUGGUCGCAAUCCCCGACUCUCCCAGCUUUACGCGAGCUCUGUAUCUUAGCAAGGAAGAACGCACAAUUGCCCACCAGAGAAUGUCGCAGGUCGGCGCAACAACCGCCAAGCUCGUUUCAUGGAAGCUGGUGCGAAGCAAGAUCAGACUACUCCUCGCCAGUCCAGUGGCUUACCUGUUCCUCGGUGCAUAUCUCCAAUUUGCCUGGUCCCAGCGCGCAAAUUCAUACAUUCUCUUGUAUCUCAAGGGUCUGAAAGAUGUCUCAGGAAAUCCAAUGUACUCAACCUAUACGGUCAACCUGAUUCCCUUGGGUGGGUAUGCUAUAUCCAUCGUUUGCAACAUUGGUCUCAACGCUCUGAGCGACUGGAAGGAAUGGCGUUGGCAAGUCGCAUGCGGCGCGGCGGGUCUCCAGCUAAUCGCUACCGCAGUACUAUCCGGAUGGCCAGACUCUCACCCGACGAUCCUGACGUUCUACUUUCUCACCUACGCCACCUCGGCGUGGGGCUACGCCCUGAUCGCCUGGCUCGCCAUCAUCCUGCGCAAAGAGCCCGAGGCGCGAUCCAUCCUCGUGGCGGCUACCGUGACACUGGUGUACGUGGGCCACGCCACGAUUCCGCUCAGCGCCUGGAAGACAAGCGACUCUCCCCGAUAUCCCAUUGGCUUCCCCAUGGCUGCAGCGUUUAGUGUCGGCAGUAUUGUUCUUAUGCUGGGAAUGCGCUAUUAUGUACGCAAAUACCCGGCUAUCCUGGAUCAUGGACUUGAUUGGAAGGUGAAUGAGAGCCUAAUCGUUGUGGAAAAUGGAGUUGAGGAGAUGUCUUCGGAUGAAAAGGUUGGAAAAGUCCCUGCUGAAUCUCGAGGUCCAGUCUAG